AAUCGAGCGACCCACCCAGCAAAUGCAGAGGAGCACCAUACCAGUAGUAUCAACGCGACGAUCGUUAAGGCGACCCGCUUCGUCGUCUGUUUGAUCCAGAAGAUUAUCGUUUUCGAUAUUCAAAAAAAAAAGCCCCCGGUGCCAGUUAUAUUGUGCUUCAGUGAUUUUUUUUAAUCCUCAGUUAUUGACGUUUCUAUCGUAUCCGAUAGGUUUCAUUGAGACAACGAGAAUAAGAAAAAAAAAGUGGUGAAUUAACGCCCACCGGAGUGAAAGGGCACUCCAGUGUCCCGUGUUUGCGAUUUUUUUUUUUCGGCAAAUAUCAUUGAGUGACAAACAAAAUUCAAUGCCCAUUGGGAAUAUGACAGGCACAAUUAUGCUCAACGCACUACUAUUCGUAUUUGGAAUGCUAGCAUGUCAGGCGCAGGCUGUUUCAGAAAGGCUGGAAUUAGCACCGGCAGGUGGUCGAUCGGAACCUCAGGUUGCAACCCUAUGUGAAGCUAGUGACGUGUACUUGGCACAGCACAUGGGAGAGCAGGGGCGAUGGGUCUCUUCAACCGACCAGAAAAGUUGCAUGUCCGAUAAACUUGAGAUUCUCGAGUAUUGCAAAAAGGCUUAUCCCAAGAGAGACAUCACGAAUAUCGUAGAGUCAUCUCAUUAUGUCAGGGUAGGCGGUUGGUGCAAGCCAGGAAGAACUAAGUGUAAACUUUCCAGAUGGGUGAAGCCAUACAGAUGUCUGGAGGGACCCUUCCAGAGUGAUGCACUUCUAGUACCGGAAGGCUGUCUUUUUGAUCAUCUACAUAAUCAUACAAAAUGUUGGGAAUCUCACAAGUGGAACUCAACGGCAGCUGAUACCUGUCGCGAGCGAAAUAUGAAUCUCCGAAGUUUCGCAAUGCUUCUACCCUGCGGAAUAUCUCUGUUCUCAGGCGUUGAAUUCGUCUGUUGUCCAAAGCAUCUGAAAGAGAAUGCCAAGCCCAAGAAGCCAAUUGAUUUACCAGUUCCAAAGGAUGUUGACGAUGAUUUGGAUGAAAACGAUGAUGAUUUGGAUGAUGAAGAUGAUUCGGAUGCUGAUAGUGAGAACGACAGCGAUGCUGACAGCGAUGAUGAUAACUCAGACGGUGAUCUCGAGGAUGUGUUGAGUGAUCAAGCCUACGAGGAUGAUCGAGACGAUGCUUAUCUUGAUGAUUAUGAUACGACAACAGUUGGGAGUAAGCCAUCAACAAUUGCUCCAACUACGGAGAAAAGUAAACAAGAACUUACAGCCAUGCCCGUACCAGUUAGCUCGAGUACACAGCAACCGACUCAGCCACAGGGGACACCGGAUCCAUAUCUAACACACUUUGAUCCACGAUCUGAGCAUCAGAGCUAUAAGCAAGCCCAGAUGAGACUUGAGGAAGUGCACAAAGAGAAAGUCACCAAGGUGAUGAAGGACUGGAGUGAUCUUGAGGAGAGAUAUCAAGAUAUAAGGGCCAGAGAUCCAGUUGCUGCAGAUGCAUUCAAACGAUGGAUGACCGCACGAUUUCAAGAGACUGUCGCAGCACUCGAAGCGAGUGGUGCAGCUGAGAAACAUCAGCUGAGUGCAAUGCAUCAGCAACGAGUUCAAGAAGCUGUCAAACAAAGGAAUGAAGAGGCAAUGUCUUGUUACACUGCUGCAUUAAAUGAAACACCACCAAACAUGCAUCGAAUUCAAAAAUGCCUGCAGAAACUUUUGCGCGCUCUUCACAAAGAUAGACACCAUACCAUCGCUCACUAUAAGCACUUGCUGGACAGCAGUCUUGAGCAGGCUCAACGUGAGAAACCAGCUACUUUGGAACACCUAGCAGAAAUCGAUAGAAUUACGAAUCAGAGUCUACUUAUGCUAGAACGGUAUCCGGAAUUGAGUGCAAAAAUUGGCCAGCUGAUGGAUGAUUAUGUACUGGCCCUCAGGAGCAAGGACGAGACACCUGGACUCUUGCUUGCGAUGACUCGUGAAGCUGAGGCGGCUAUUCUGGACAAAUAUCAGGCAGAUGUGGCCAGUAAACAGCAAGAAAAAGAACAUCAAAAACAACUGGAACGCGAACGUAAGGAGCAGAGAAAGGCUGAAAGAGGUGAGUUACGUACGGAACAGGAGCAGCACGAAGAUACCGAUCCGGUGGUAGAGAAAAAGGAUGUGCCGCUAGAACCACAGCAGGCUCCUGCUGCGGCUGCGAUACAUACUGAAGGAGUUGUGAGGCCUGCUCACAGUAUGAUUCAUGACGUCUCGCAUUCAGAGCCGGGUUACUCUGUAAGACGAGAGGUGUAUCACAGAGAGAGUCGAUCAGUUUACUUCACAGUGGCAUUUGCAGGCAUUGCACUGAUUGCCGUAGGUAUGGUUGGCGUAGCAGUAUUUAAAAGACGAAAUGCACGAAGCCCUCACAGUCAGGGCUUUAUUGAAGUAGAUCAAGCAGCAACACCAGAAGAACGACACGUAGCCAAUAUGCAGAUAAAUGGCUACGAGAAUCCAACAUAUAAAUAUUUUGAAGUCAAGGAGUAACUUUAUCACCCUUUAAAAUCAUAAUAAGUAUCUCCGAUUCAUUGUUUUCUCACGGUAGUUUAUUCGUUUUUCGUCAAAUUGAGUAAGUGAAAGAGAUCUAUAUUAUAAUUGAUGUCUAUCGUUUGUAUCACCAGGCUGUACAUGAGUAGACAAUAUUUCAGUCAUCAUAGCGAAGUAUUGAGUCAUUUUUUUUCUUAGUUGAAGAUGUUUCCAAUUGGAAUCAGAUAGUAUUAGUCAUCAACACUCCGUACAAUGAUCAAUGAUCGCAGCGCAGCAAUCUUAGGAAUUGUUAUCAACAAUAAAUUAACCGUCCCAAGAAAAAAUUCAACAGCUUUUGACAUCUUCUACAUCCCUAGAAUAAUCAUCUUUCAAGUUUUUCCUUUUGGAAAUCCAUCUUCAUGGGGAGAUAUCCAAAGCAAAGUAAUCUAAGACAGACUGGUAAUUGCUGCGUCGUCUCAAUGCGAUCAUAAUCGUCAGUUAAAUAUUGGCGAAUCAGCCGGUGAGAAAGAAUAAUAUUGAAUUAGCUAGUUCGACAUUCUUACGUACUCAUUUAUUUAUCUUUAGCUUUCGUUGAAAAACUCGGUGAAAAAUUUAUAUUUGUUAGAGCACUCUAUGGUAAUUUUAUUUAUAUUAAAUGACGUUUGGAAGUUGAGCGCAAUGAACGGAGUGUUGAAUGAAAUUCUGUCUACAGGACAUAAGUUCAGAAAGAUGCCAUCAGCGGCAAAAAAGUGCCAUGAAAAUGAAAAUACGCAACUUAUGGACAAAAAAUCUGGGAUUCCAAUCAUCGAAAGUAUUUGGAUUAGUCAAUCAUGCUCUGAUAUUUUAAGCGAUAACAUUUAAUUAGUAUUGUCUCGAUAAAUUUCGCAGUUUCGCUGCUUGAAAAUAAUCGAAAGCAAUCGAAUUGUAGAGCUAAAUAAAUAUUCUCGCUACCAGAACAAAGAAACAAUUGAUGAAAUUAAAAACUAGCUUUUUGAAUACGAACAAGUAAGCAAAAAUGCGGCAUGAAUACCAUCACAUGAAAAAUACUCUUGGAAUAUCAGAACGUCAGUUGAGGUAAUUUUGUUAUUCAGUUUUCCUCUUACAUUCAAUUUUACCGUACCUCUAAACUUUUUUCCAUUUUAAUAUAGUUUUUAGAUUUUACGCCCUUUAUUUUCCCAGUGAUUCUUGAGUACUUAAUGUCUAUUGAGUUUCAUAAAUAAUUAGAUGUUUAAAAACACUGAGGAGCACUGACAUAUUCAGUUGAAGAAAACUGGAGUGAAAGCAAGAAAUAGAUUAAUCUAUCAUUCGAAUAAAAAAAAUAGCAAUUAAGAGAGUAGUCUACUAUACUUGUUUUUGUAAUUUUAUUUUUCGAAUAUCACGAAAAAUCACUGUGAUGAAACUAACAAUGGAAAAUAUUCGAGAGGCUCGUUCGAUUUUACCGAACCUUCGUCUCACAAAUGAAAUUUGUGUGCAUACAACGUCGUUAUAAAUCAUGUCGGGACUGUCGAAUAAAAGGAACAAGACUAUUUUUCUUCAAAAAUGGGGUUAUUUAGAUGGAGUAUAAAGUUAUACAGUGGUACAGUGAAUUCGAAAAAUAAAAUACCCUCGUGGUAAUAAAUGCCAUCAGGAGCAAGACAAAGCUGUUGGAGUUUUGAUUUACAUUUUUUUCUAAUUCAAUGAAUUUUUUGAAAUUAAAGAACAAACGCGUUCAUAACAAUAAUUAUCUUAGGAUAAGAUUAAUAAUGCAUAUGCAUGUAUGAUGACGAUGGUGAUGAAUAAUAUACUACACGUUUAACGCUUAUAUAUUUGUAUAUGAUCAAGAAAAGAUAGAAGACACGCACUUUGGCUCCGUUAGCACGAAGGAGCACACACACGCAUAUGCAUACAUUAUACACUUAAAACAUACCUCCAAAUAUACGAGAUGAACAUUUCAUUUGAAUUUAUAUCCGCUGAUGUGGUAUGGAGAAGCGUUGAAAUGAAUUUGAAGAGUCCGUGAACAUUCAUUCCCUUCCAAAAAAAGUAACAAGGGGUAGGGGAGCUUUUAAGAGCUUCGUGCGGCAAAAUUCGCUAUAAAUCAAUACCUAACUUAUAAUAUGUGCAUCGAAAUUAACUAAAGAAUUAUUCAAAUGAAUGAUAUGUGUACUGAUUGCCUACAUUCCCAGAUUGUCGCAGUGCUGUGAAAUAACCCGAUGAAAAUCAUGAGUAUAGGAAAUGAUUAAAUCGUCUUACUCACCCUCCACGAGUUUGAACUAAAAAAUAAAGUAUUUGGCGCAAUUAAUUUUCAAUUGAAAACCUCCAUUAUAUAGUAUUAUUUUAGAUACUCUGAAAGGAUAUAGCAAUACACAACAGAGAGUGUACUACAUUAAAUUCUAAUGAUAUAUAAUUAUAUAGACAUAAACAUAUACAUAGGAUUACAGAUCUGCGUAUAUAUUUAUAUAUCAUUACGAAGGCAGAUUUAUUAUUGUACCUAUAGCAUGUAGUGUUGUGUAAAAACACAUUGUCGCAUAUAAAAUGUGGAACUGACGCCGAGUCACAGGUUCAUUUGAUAAUUUUUUUAUUUGGUUUAUUUGUUCGCUCGUUAUAAAAUUUCAUUCGUUUUUAUCUGUGAUGAAAAACGUGAGAACAGUCAUUGCAUAUUCAUAACAGAUUUAUCAUCACAAUAAAGUUCUUGUCUGGUGAAUAUUGCGAUUGAUUGACGUAGGAUUUAAUUUUUCAGCGUUAGCGAAUUAAAGCAUAUCAGUUGUGAUACCAUUAAUUCCUGUGAAAACAGACAAAAAUUAACACCCCUGGCCCUGCUCUCUGAAAUGUAUGCGUAUGUGCGUGUAACCUGCAUCCUUAGAUGUAACGAUCCUGUGACCCGGUUCUGGGCCGCUCUAAGUAAAUUUAAAAAUUGAUUUUUGUAAAGAGGUAAUAAUUCUAUAUAUGGAAAUAAUCAACCUAGCUUAAAGUGAAGACAAACUACAAAGCAGGUGAGGUGUGAGAAUAACAAAUUGAAAGAUUAAUAAUAAACAGAAAUAUACGUCCUUCGGUAGGAGUCCCAAUUGUGAGGGGAUUAAAAUGGAAAAAAAGAAAUGAUAUUAUAACUGCACGGUUCAAUAAAAUUCGUUACGAUUUCGGGAAAUUACUAAAAGAUAAUCCUCUGGGGAAUAUAUUUUGGAAUUAGUAGAACGGAUUAAAUAGUCAAAGUGGAAGACGGAUUUCAUCUCGGUAUGGAUCCAACGAGUGAGGUAAACUGUGUCUGGAUAAUAGGGUCAUUCAUUUUACAAUCGAUCGGUGAGAAAGCGUUGUAGGUGUGCAUUGAAGUUGAUAGUCAGGACAGAAGGAAAUUACGAGUUUGAAUGUGACACACUUUUUCAAGUUCAUAUCCGCACGUUUCGAUCAGUUUCAUAUCAAGUGUAUUUGGUCGAGCAAUCGACAGUUAAUGAUUAGCUCACACCACACGAUUGAGCGGAAAUGGAAAAAGUGAUCUUUUGGGCAUAAAUCGACACAUAAAAUGCUGUGAAUACAGUUUAUGAGGAAAGAAUUUAUGGAAUGGAAAUUCUAAUAAACACGUCGAAAAUUAUUCGGAGGACGGGGUGACACUUUUGGGCCCAAAUUAAAGCGAAUUUCAUUGAACCAUGUUAUGGGUUGCACCUGUAUUUACGAAAAAAAAACAGAACUUAUUCCUUUUUUUGUGAUCUAUCGGACAUCUAAAGUUCUUCCUCAAUUUAGUGUCACAAGCAAAAAACGAGAAGGCGACUAUUUUUUUCGUUGUUAUUACAUCCUUUACACUUGUAGUGAAAAAGAGUUAAUAAAAGCUAAGCAAUUGUGUACUAGACGACGUUUUUCUUCGCACAUUCAUAUACUCAUAAUUUAGGUCUGUCAAAAUCGUAUUCUUUGUGACUGUACAAUAACAACCUGAAUUCGAAGAAAAUGAGGAAACAAAUUGAGACAUUCAAAGAGGGAAUGAAAAUCACUAUAUCAUGCUGGCAAUUGACCAAUUUGUGAGAGAACAUGAGGAAUUAAGAAUGCGUGGAAGCUUUCACUAAGUAACCGCCGUAUAUACCGUAUAUACCGUGUUUUUGUCGGUACCUGGAAAAUUAUUUCGAUAUUUCCACAUCUAUAGGAAAAUAAUUCACUCAAUCUAUUUCUAUAGAGCAAAAAUUCAUUUAAAAAGACAAUUGGCAUAAGUAUCUGACUUCUAAAUCUUAAAUUUGAAUAGAAUUGCUGUUCUUACAAAUGUAAAUCUUUCGAUGAAUAAUUCGUUCAUAAUCACUCUAGCGAAUUGAGUGAGUGAACGUGUCUCAUAGUAACAAUUUGUGUCUGCGUUCGUUUGGUUUAUCUGGCGAUUGCUCGAUAUAACAAGAAGCUUGGAGCUAAUGUGGACGAAUUUUUCUACCAGGGCAGAAUGGAAUAGGAAGAACCGUUAUACAAACAAAUCUUUGAAUUCUCUUCACCCAAUAGACUAAAAAAUGUAAAGGUGUGGGUAAAGCUGGCAUCGCCAGAAAGAGUCAAAUUCAAAAAUUGAAUGGAUGAUGAUUCAGGAAUAAUUGUUGAGAAUACAAGCUCGAUACAGGCCACAAGGUUCAUAUGAUGUUACUACCCUGUCCCUCCACCUCAAAAAGACUAUUUAUGGGUGGCCCUUAGACCUGUUAACUAGCUCGUAUUUUCAACGCUCUUGAAAAUUUAGUAUAGAGCUGAUGAAUAUUCAUUUCGAAUAUUUUUCUCAUCUUUUUAUACAUUCGGUGAGGAGAAUUUCCAGAACAAAGAUUUAUAUUCGUAUCGUUUUUUUACUUCUCGCUGCUUACCCCUUUCCUUUCAUUCUCGAAAGAGGACGACAAAUACAAUAAUACGAAUCAUGGAUAAAAGAAUAAUUAUGUUUGUGGAUACAUGUAAUUCUACUUACCAAUAAAUAAAUGAUGGAAUACCCAUA